CCGACACAGAUAGUGUCCAACAGGUGAUCCGAGCCCUUCUUUUGACUAAAAAAGGAGAACAUGGGGGCCUUUUAGUAAAUUAAGAAAAUGUAACGGCUACUUUGGGACGCUCUUCCAGGACCCACCUGCGACAGAUACUCUUACUUCCCCAAAGACGAGAGCUCAGAACAAAGUGAGAGUUACAGUCGCAGUCCACGGCCGCUGCCUUCGUCAUCCUGCCGGUGCUUCAACCCGUCGUCUCGAUCUCUUCCAUCAGCUACUGUCCGAAGAUCAGUAUGAACAUCUUCAGGAAGAAGACUUCACCCAAAGAUGCUCUGCGUGCAAGCAAAAGAGAAAUGUCAAUUGCGACCCGAGGGAUCGAACGUGAGAUUGCUUCUCUUCAACUGGAGGAGAAGAAAUUAGUGGCAGAGAUAAAGAAAACAGCUAAAACUGGGAAUGAGGCUGCUACCAGAAUCUUGGCUCGUCAACUUGUUCGUCUACGGCAACAAAUAACUAAUUUGCAGGGAAGUCGUGCCCAAAUCAGGGGCGUAGCAACUCACACACAGGCAAUGUAUGCCAGCACUUCAAUUUCUACUGGGAUGAAAGGUGCAACUAAAGCAAUGGUGGCCAUGAACAGGCAAAUGGCCCCUUCCAAACAAGCUAAAGUGAUCAAAGAAUUCCAAAAGCAGUCAUCACAAAUGGACAUGACGAUUGAGAUGAUGUCAGAGUCUAUUGAUGAGACAUUAGAUAAAGAUGAGGCUGAAGAGGAAACUGAGGAACUCACUAAUCAGGUGCUAGAUGAGAUUGGUGUGGAUAUUGCAUCACAGUUAUCUUCAGCUCCAAAAGGGCGGAUUUCUUCAAAGAAGGUUGAAAAUGUUGUUACUAGUUCUAAAUCUUCCGAUGUUGAAGAUCUUGAAAAGAGGCUGGCAUCUCUCCGACGCAUUUGAGCUGAGAAGCGCAGCAGUUGACAGUUGUCUUUCAUUAAAUUUAGUUUUCUUUUAAAUUUUUAGCAGUAUAAAAAUACAAUGAAUGUGAAUUAUUGUUUAUAAAGUUAAUUUCCAAAAUAUAAAUUAUUUUUCAAUGUCAUAAUUUCCAGAUACUUGCCUAUUUAAAA